CCGCAAACUCUCUUCCUUGGCUUUGGCGUUCUUCACCAGUUCUAUACAGUGGAGGCCAUCGGCGGCGGCUCAUCGAGCAAGCUACGUCUGCUGACAGCGCCCGUAAAAGGUAUGGAUCACUCUAGACUGCCUGUGCAUAGACGAUCACCAUCUCCUUCGCCUGCGCCCAUGGACACUGGCUUCGUGGAAGUAACGCCAUCCACUGCAGGCAUUGGCAGUCCGGGUUUCCAAGGUUUCUCAGCAGGUGCAGGACCUGCGGGUGUGGCACGCGUUGCCACGUCACUGCCGAUAGGCUUGCCACCAUUGCUGAAUUUCAAGCAUUUGCACGCUCCAGUGUACAGUCCCGGGAAAGAGCCACGAAGUAUGACCUCUCUCCUUGCCGAAGGUGAUAUUUUUGGAGCACCGCGAUAUGAAGGAGCAGGGAGAUUGGAUGUAGACGUUCAAACAGCGUAUCCAAACUGGGGGGUGGGACGUGACUGUGGGUUUCCACGUGACGGAUUCAGGAUGGGGGCGAACGGGGAGCGGCCACAAAGCGGUCCUCCACCGGUGGGUGCGCACUCCAUGUUGGGAGGGGUGGGUGGGGGUUCACCAAACACGUACACACCGAUGGAGGGUCGGACUUCGCCGACUUUUGCACACUCCCCAUCGACCACCAAUCACAUUCGCCCACAAAACUUGUACUCUUCAGACCCCGGUGUCAACCGUGGUGCCGCUUCUAUGCUUGGCCCGCAUGCCAAUGUCAACAACUCCGAUGUCCCCAUGCCCAACCAUUCUCAUGAUUCGAGUGUAGAGGAGCCCGUCAUCGAUGGGGCGUUUGGUGGCGCUUUCACCGAACCUGCAAUGGAUAUCGCUGGGACACAAAGUGGAAGACUUGCGACUGUCGAGGUCGCAGACGACGAAGGCGGUGCGCACUGCAGCGAUGCAACUCCGCCAGCGGGAAGUAGGAAAAGGGCCGUCGGGGAGGAGGGGGGGAGUCGCGGGGGACAGAGCAAGGCGAAGGCGAAAGAGCGAAAGCCAGAGUGGACAGACAAGGAGAGCAUGGCGCUUGUGAGGCUGCUCUUCGAAGAGGACUGCACACAGCAAAGCAGGCGAGGGAGGCAGAAGAUCAGGAGUAGACGGAAGGAGUACGACUGGAUAAUAGGGAAAAUGGUUGAGCAAGGCUUUCCAAAGCGUGACAUGGAGGACUGCGAGGCAAAGUACUACGCCCUCCUUGACAAAGCAAAAAAGAUCCGGGAUUACAGCGGCGAAUCAGGGAAGCCGAGCUAUUGGGACAUGUCGUGUUCGGAGAAAAAGGAGAAUGGUCUUUCGUUGACAUACGAAAAACACAUGUUUGAAGCUCUGCAAUGGAAGCUUGGGAAGGCGGACGGUUCGUGCGAGGACCUGAUGCACAGUGUCAAUCUGCAGAGAGGGCAGACGAGCACGGUCACAGAUGAUGAAGACACUGGCGGCACUAGUGAGAAUGGAGGGGGUCGACGAAAAGCGGAUACUGACAGCGCUGAGGGUUACAAGUCUCGACGGACCGUGGGUGUGAGCGACCACAAACGGCGUUCCGCGGUAGAGAGUUCGAGUGACGCUUCAACGGGAGGUUCGUUCGCAGAUAUUGCACAUGCUCUUGUCGACGCGAACGACCGUCAUGCGGAGAGGAUCGCGGGGAGUUUUGCACAGGCCAUGGACGGAAUGAACAAGAACAUGGUCGAGGGUAACCAAACACUGUUGCAAUGCUUCGCUGUGCUUUCAAAUGCGAUGGUGGGACAACCGCCAUCGGUUCCUCCAGGGGGCGGGACACAUUGCGAACGUGGCAGUCGCCAGGAAGAUGGCCGUUGAUCACAUGCUUGGAGCACACGAAGUG